AUGCGUCAGCCACUCAAUCAGCCACUCUAUCAGCCACUGCGUCAGCCACUCAAUCAGCCAAUGCGUCAGCCACUCAAUCAGCCAAUGCGUCAGCCACUCUAUCAGCCAAUGCGUCAGCCACUCAAUCAGCCACUGCGUCAGCCACUCUAUCAGCCAAUGAGUCAGCCACUCAAUCAGCCACUGCGUCAACCACUCAAUCAGCCACUCUAUCAGCCAAUACGUCAGCCACUCAAUCAGCCACUCAAUCAGCCACUGCGUCAGCCACUCAAUCAGCCACUCAAUCAGCCACUCAAUCAGCCACUCAAUCAGCCACUCAAUCAGCCACCCAAUCAGCCACUCAAUCAGCCAAUGCGUCAGCCAGUCAAUCAGCCACUGCGUCAGCCACUCAAUCAGCCACUGCGUCAGCCACUUAAUCAGCCACUCAAUCAGCCACUGCGUCAGCCACUCAAUCAGCCACUCAAUCAGCCAAGACGUCAGCCACUCUAUCAGCCACUGCGUCAGCCACUCAAUCAGGUACUGCGUCAGCCACUCAAUCAGUCACUCAAUGAGUCAGUCAAUCAGCCAGUCAAUCAGCUACUCAAUCAGCCACUGCGUCAGCCACUCAAUCAGCCACUCAAUCAGCCACUCAAUCAGCCACUCAGUCAGCCACUCAAUCAGCCACUCUAUCAGCCACUUCAUCAGCCACUCAAUCAGCCACUGCGUCAGCCACUCAAUCAGCCACUCAAUCAGCCACUCAAUCAGCCACUCAAUCAGCCACUGCGUCAGCCACUCAAUCAGCCACUCAAUCAGUCACUGCGUCAGCCACUCAAUCAGCCACUGCGUCAGCCACUCAAUCAGCCAUUGCGUCAGCCACUCUAUCAGCCACUGCGUCAGCCACUCUAUCAGCCACUCAAUCAGGCAUUCAAUCAGCCACUCAAUCAGCCACUGCGUCAGCCACUCAAUCAGCCACUCUAUCAGCCACUGCGUCAGUCACUCAAUGAGCCACUGCGUCAGCCACUCAAUCAGCCACUGCGUCAGCCAUUCAAUCAGCCAAUGCGUCAGCCACUCAAUCAGGCACUCAAUCAGCCACUGCGUCAGUCACUCAAACAGCCACUGUGUCAGCCACUCCAUCAGUCAAUGUGUAAUCAGCCAAUGCAUCAGUCAUUCAGUAAGCAAAUGUUAUUGUCACUGAAUUAG